AUGGGGACUGGCAUGGGUGUUUAUGACUCCAUGGGUCGUCCUGGAGCACAAAACGAACGGCUGCACCCUCCCCCUACUUGUGCAACCUGGGAUAAAGGGUGUUUCCAUCCCAUAAGCCAGUUAUAUCCUCCACCGUUCUCCAAUUCGGGAGUAGUUGCAGGGUCACUCCUGCGGGAAAAAGCAUCUCCGGUGGAGGAGUGUGCUCAUGAAGGGAGGACUGACUCUGGGACUGAAAUCCUUUCCAAUACCGUUCCACCUUUCCUUGUCCAUAGCCGAGUACACGUUGCCCCAACCCGCUUUCCAACGUCUCCCCCACUCUCCGUCCCCUUUUUGAUGGCACUGAGAAAAUGGAACAAGAAUCAUCACUCCACUCACCAUAAACAACUUAACCGACAUAGACGAACUCAAGAAGAUGAUAAAGGGUUAAAAGACCACCAAACAGGAGACUUGCAUGUCUUCCGACACCUCCUCAAUAAACCCCCUGGAUGGAAGAACGAAGACGACCAUGCCAGAAAGAGGUUGAGGGUGACUGUCUAUAACAUUCUCAAAUCCAAUGCUGCUUGCACCAUUGAGGAAGAGCAGCCUAGACAGGACUUUGGAGGAAUGGAAUGCAGAGAAUCUGCUUCAAGUGAGGACUAUAACUGCCACCAACAGACAGAGCAACAUAAUUUGGUAGCCAUGAGGAAAGAUUUAGAGAGAAGACACAUAGAAAGAGGAAAUGCAACAAGUAUAACAGAAUUCAUCUUAAUUGGAUUCCCCAAUUCUUGGGAGAUAGAGAUUCUCCUUUUCCUGUUGUUUUUCCUCCUUUUGGUGGCAACAAUGAUUGGGAAUAUGCUAAUUAUAAUUCUGAUAUCAUCAGAUUACCGCCUCCAGUCACCAAUGUAUUUCUUCCUGUAUAACUUGUCCAUAAUUGAAAUCCUGAUAACCCUAACGGUGGUUCCAAAGAUGUUGCAAAACUUCCUAUUGGAGCGGAAGAAUAUUUCCUUCUCUGGAUGUUUAAUUCAGUCAUACUUCUAUUUUCUGUUUGGUACCUCUGAAUAUGUCCUAUUGGCAAUGAUGUCUUAUGAUCGGUAUGUAGCCAUAUGUUACCCCCUUCAUUAUACUACCAUGAUGAAUGGGAAGGUCUGUAUUUCUCUGGUAUUGGCUUCCUGGAUGAGUGGCUUCUUUUCCAUUCUUACUCCCACUGUGAUGAAACUGGGUUUGCCCUAUUGUGGGCCCAAUGUGAUCAAUCACUUUUUCUGUGACAGCGCCCCUUUGCUUCACUUAGCUUGUGCUGACAUCCGCCUACUGGAGUUUAUUGAUUUCCUUGUCUCACUUCCUAUUAUUCUGGGUUCCCUUUUACUGACAUUGAUCUCUUACAUUUACAUUCUAAGUACUAUCCUGCAAAUUGCUUCUGCCACAGGAAGGCAAAAGGCCUUUUCAACUUGUGCUUCUCAUUUUACAGUUGUUUCAAUUGGCUAUGGCACCUCAAUCUUCAUUUAUGUCAGACCUUCUCAAACUAGCUCUAUGAAUAUCAACAAAAUUGCCUCUUUGAUCACUACUGCUAUAACGCCUCUGCUAAACCCCAUCAUAUUCACUUUUAGAAAUAAGAAAGUCCAAGAGGUUUUUAGGGACUUUAUUAAAAAGCUCACACAUAUGACAAAACAUUUAGGGUGA